UUACCGUCGGGCCGGGCGGCAUGUGGCGGGGGCUGCCGGUGCUGGCCCUGGCCGGGCUGCUGGUGCUGGGGCGGGCGCCGGCGGGCCGGGGGGCGGCCUGCGAGCCGGUGCGCAUCCCGCUGUGCAAGCCGCUGCCCUGGAACAUGACCAAGAUGCCGAACCACCUGCACCACAGCACGCAGGCCAACGCCGUGCUGGCCAUGGAGCAGUUCGAGGGGCUGCUGGGCACCAACUGCAGCCCCGACCUUCUGUUCUUCCUCUGCGCCAUGUACGCGCCCAUCUGCACCAUCGACUUCCAGCACGAGCCCAUCAAGCCCUGCAAGUCCGUCUGCGAGCGCGCCCGCGCCGGCUGCGAGCCCGUCCUGGUCCGCUACAGCCACGCCUGGCCCGACAGCCUGGCCUGCGACGAGCUGCCCGUCUACGACCGCGGGGUGUGCAUCUCCCCCGAGGCCAUCGUCACCGCCGAGGGCGCGGAUUUCCCUAUGGACUCUAAUAACGGCAACUGUAGAGGUGCUGGCAUUGAGCGCUGCAAGUGCAAGCCUGUGAAAGCCACGCAGAAGACCUACCUACGCAACAACUACAACUACGUCAUUCGGGCUAAAGUGAAGGAGGUGAAGACUAAAUGCCACGAUGUCACUGCAGUAGUGGAAGUGAAGGAGAUCCUGAAAUCUUCCCUAGUGAACAUUCCAAAGGACACUGUAAACCUCCACACGAAUUCUGGCUGCCUGUGUCCCCCCCUCAGUGCCAAUGAGGAAUACAUCAUUAUGGGCUACGAGGACGAGGAGCGCUCCAGGUUACUCUUGGUGGAAGGCUCCAUAGCUGAGAAGUGGAAGGAACGUCUUGGUAAAAAAAUAAAGCGCUGGGACCAGAAGCUGCGGCUGCCGGGGAAGGGGCGCGCGGAGCCGGGCCCCAGCGCGGCCCCCAGGGCUCGCAGUUAGGGACACCCGUGGAUGCACGGACGGACGGACGGACGCGUGGAUGCUGCCGUGCCGCGGGGGACGCGCAGGGGACUGUACCAGGACUUCGCUGUUGGAGCGGCAAAGGAGAAAUUGCACUAUUGCACGUUAUAUUCUAUUGUUUACUGCAAAGUAAUGGUUUAGCUUUUAUUAGGUUUUGUUCUCCCUCUUCGUUUGCCACCUGUUCCUUUUCGGAUGUGUGCAAGUUCUGGAAAUGUGUAUUUUUUUUUUCUGUUGCUAAGAACUGUAGAAAACUGCCCUUAUGAGGUGAAGAAAGACACGGAUGUAUUCGGAUAUAUUCAAUUUACCUUUUUAUCUCCUGAAUUUUCUUUGGGAGAAAAUUCUGAUGGGAGCAGGAAUGAAAUCUGGCCAAGACCAUUGCUUAAAGUCAUGACUCACACUGGCUUUCCCUGUUCACUCUUUCUUGGUCACUGUUUGCUGAAACUUGCUCUGUUUUGGGUAGGUUGUUAUUGGGUUUAAGUGUAUCAUUUUUUAUUCUGAAAUAUAAUUCUGAAAUACAUUUUUUUUUUUAGUCAAGAGAACUGUUUGAAUCAGUAUUAAGUUUUCUUACAGAUAAACCACUUGCAUAAGGCAGAGUCUAACUUUAAAUAUUUCAUGCAACAAACACAGUGUGCAUAUUCACAGAGAACCUGGGUUUUCCAGUGCUUUGGGCCUUAAAGGAAAUAUUAUCUAGUUCUGUAACCAUAAUUUAUAACUAAAUUUAUGCUUCUUCUCUUAUAAUGGCAGUUUUUCCCCCUUUUCUCAGCUGAGUUAUAGGAGUAGACAGACUCACCAGGCCUGCUUCUCAGUACAGGUCUGCAGUUUAGCCUUUUGAUUUUGUGGUGUUAUUCUUAAAUCCGUGCCUACAUAAACAAGUGUUCAAUGCUCGGUAACAUAUGUCCAAUAAAAGAAUUGUAGUUGCCAACACA